CAACUGCUGCCGGAAGAGAACGGAGAUCACUGCACACACAUUCCAGACCCAAAAAUAGCUGCGGAUAAGGAGGGAAAUGAGCGUGAGCCCUGGUUGCCGGUACAUAUCGAUGGUGUGUAAUUGCAAGCAUCCACCGCACAAAGUGCUUCCAAAGGAUUGCAUCCGCUGCAGCGUUCAGCAUAUAGGAUUUUGCUGCUUUACGACGAGGUUUUAUAAAUGCAUCCGCGCGAUGCUGCUGGCCCGUGCCAGUGAGAUAGUUUUAUGUUAAACGCUCGCUGCGUACUCACUUGCGCCGGUAUCGAUCCAGUGUUUUAUGCGCGUGCGUUUGUACAUGUGGGAUCUUUUUUUCCUCCUACGCACAUCAGCCAUAAUUGUUCACAAGACAUUAUUCUUGCUGGCAGAGUAAUCGUGGCACGUAGCCCUUAUCAGACUCCCCGAAAGCCGUUUACAGACGAUCGAUUUCUCAGUGGAAAAAAUUGACCUGGAUAACAGUUUCCAUUUCUAUGAGUUCACUUUGACUGGGGAACGGCGGCCGCAUUCAAUUUUCUCGAUAGAGUAAACAGUGCCAUCCUCGUACACAACAGUGUGUACGUUGUUUUAGGCUUUCACUGGAUCUUCUGUGUAUGCGCAUCGCAUCUGUUCACUGUGUGUGUGUAUCUCUGUGUGUUGCGGCAUAUGAUGAGCCGAAAGGAAAUCCACGGCACUGGCUCCAAUCGAGCCCAUUCUCCCGCAUAUCCACCGUCGUAUACCACGCAUAUACCACAACACAGCCACAUAUCAACAACACCGCACAAUCCGGCCGCAGGCACUGCUGUUGACUAUGCCAGCGGAAGUGCAACGGCCUCCUCAUCUUACGAUAUCCAGUCAGCGCAAAAUCCGCGCCAGGGCACAACAUCAGCAGCUGCUGCCUCGGCGAGUGAGCAUGAACUGCGGCAUGCGCAGUAUCCCGAACCAGCUUAUAUAACCGAGCAUCUGCGCCAUCAACAGCAUUUGUUGCAACAGCGCGCCACGGCCGCUUCUUCCCGACCGGGUGCCAGUUCACCGCGUAGUUUUAAUCAUCAUCAUCAUCAUCACCGUCCCAGUCCGGUGCAGGUGCAGUACGAUAGCGAGGAUAUCGUCAACCAAGAGAAUCAGUUGAGUUUCGGGCGCAGUAUGCAGGAAGUGCACAUGCGGGAAGGACGAGAGGAACGCAUGGAGCUACAUCCGCCGUAUCGGGCUGCCGGGACGCCGGGCGUUUACAACAACGACUACAAUGGACAAAGACAGAGUGAGAGCACUAACUCCGGACCGGGAUUCUGUGCCAUCGUCCUGUGGCUGCUUUCAUGGGUGUUAGUGCUAGCCACACUGCCGUUCUCCCUUUGCAUUUGUUUUAAGGUGGUCCAGGAAUACGAGAGAGCCGUCAUUUUCCGUUUGGGUCGUUUGGAUCCCGGCUCAAAAGGCCCAGGAAUUUUCUUCGUUUUACCAUGUAUAGAGAAUUAUACCAAAGUGGAUAUGAGGAGCACCUUAUUUGAUAUUCCCCCACAGGAAAUUUUGACGAAGGACUCGGUGACCGUGUCUGUCGAUGCAGUUGUAUACUAUCGCAUCUUCAAUGCUAAUUUGUCGGUUGCCAAUGUGGAAAACGUCCAUCAUUCCACGCGCUUAUUGGCUCAGACAACACUGCGAAACGUCCUGGGAACAAAAGCACUGCAUGAUUUAUUGGGAGACCGUGAAAUUAUCAGCAACACUGUUCAGGUCAGUUUAGAUGAGUCUACUGAAGCCUGGGGGAUCAAAGUGGAACGAGUUGAAGUAAAGGAUGUCCGACUUCCGGUCCAGCUUCAGCGCGCUAUGGCUGCCGAGGCGGAAGCCGCUCGCGAAGCCCGAGCCAAGGUCAUCGCCGCUGAGGGCGAGCAGAAAGCAGCACGUGCUCUGAAGGAAGCCGCUGACAUCAUUGCCGAGUCACCGGGUGCACUUCAACUGCGCUAUCUGCAGACCCUGAACACCAUCUCCGCCGAGAAGAACUCCACCAUUAUCUUCCCCAUUCCUAUGGAUCUCAUUACGCAGUUUCUGCACCGAUAGUCGGCCUACGCGCUUACGUGUGACGGUGCGAGAUUGAAUUUAUGACUUACUAGUAUCUUAUUACUUUUCAUAGCAGUUUUUGUGCUCCACGAUGCUGUAAUUGUUAUUAUGUUGUCAAAAACCAUAACUUGCUCAGUAGUUCAGUGCUACUUGCUUUUGCUGUUGCGGUUGUGCUGCUUGUAACGCAGCAGCUAGAUAUGUAAACAGGUAAUGGUAACAGUCUGUAACUUGUGACAGAGGCCAGAUUUAUAAAGAUUUAUAAGGACAAA